AAAACCAAUCUUUAUGAUAGGAAGUCUUUGUUGUUGAACAAUCCGUGACUUGUUGCCUCACGUUUGUUGAGUGAACAAGACUAUCGAGUGCCUGUUACAGCAGGUCGUGGAUUUCACUGCUCACAUCAGCGAAGCCGGGGAAGAAUACGACGAGAAGAUCGAGGUAGACCCAAACAAGCGAACAGAAUAUAUUGUCAUUCACCGUCCCAGGCAGUCCCAAGAAAAUGGAGUACUUUUUAUUCGUCAUAUUCGUGUUGUUAAGUUCUACUUCUGGUAACCCUGUUUACAAAAGGCACGACGAAAGAAAGGAGUCCCACAUUUCCCCUCAAAAGGUUGUGGAUCUCACUGCUCACGUUGGGGAGGCCGGGCAAGAAUACAACGAGAACAUGGAGGUAGACCCAAACAAGCGAACAGAAUUGUUUGAAGUUGCCGCUCACCCUGGAGUGGAUCGCAGUGACGCCUUACAUGAUUUCAAGCCAGCAUCAAUUUCGUCGUCACAGGAUGUUGAAGAUUUACCGCCGAAAAGAGAAAAACGUCAGUACUGCCUUUGCGGUGUGCAUAGUUGGCGGUGCUGUAGAUCGUACGAAAAGAUUGAGCAGUCAGCGGGGGAUUAAAAAGCUGACAUCGGAGAGGAAUUGACAAAAGAAUAGCUUUAACGGGAGGAACAUCACUAUCGCUGGCACAAGAAAAUUGAUUAAGGCCAAUAGAACAGCAGAUAAAGUAAAAAUAAUAAUUCAAGCUUUGUUGCGUUGCUGUUAGGAUAUUUGCUAAAAAAUAGACGGUGGAAAUAAUUUGUCAGUGCCGCAACAUUUUCCUGAUCUUGUGCAUGCAGUGCUUUUGAUAGUUUGCUAAGAUUUCAAGCUGUGUAUAAAUAAACUUCAAUUAGAAAGCAAA